AUGGCCAGCGGUAAACUAGACGAGCAAAUUGCGACUAAAAAAGAGGUCAGGGGUGCAAAGAAUAAAAGAGCAAUUGCUCAUACACUACUCAUUGAGCUAUUAUCAUAUCAGCUCUCACUUCCAGUUCGAUGGAUUGAAACCCAGAAACAAUUGUUUAAUGCUCCCGAGUCAGUAAGGAAGUAUGUCGAAAUUGGAGCAAAAACAACGUUGGCCACGAUGGUCAAACGUAUGGCAGAUCGACAGCCGACAGCCGAAAAGUUAUCAAAGGCCAUGGAAUUCUAUUCUUAUAGUGACCAAAAGUCGGACCUAUACUAUGAGUACCGCCCAAAUGCCGGAAUAUCGCCUCAGUCCUCGAGUCAAUUAGAAGCUCAGCAAUCCAUACCGUCGCCUGCUGCUACUGAGUCUUCUAUCACAAACGCAACGAUCUCCGAGGCCCCGGUUUCCGCGAAACCUGGUCUAUUGGCAUCUGAUAAUCCCACAGUCCACAAAAGAGCUGUGAAGGCAGUCCCAAAUCUUUCACCUACUCAUAUAGUCAUUGCGUUGACAGCUCAGAAGGUGAAUAAGGCAUUUGAUACUUUGCCGAUGCAGAAAUCUAUACAAGAAUUGUCUGGCGGAAAAUCGACACUUCAAAAUGAAUUGAUGGGCGAUCUAAGCGUCGAAUUCUCUUCGGUCCCAAACGGUGGUGAAUACAUGCCGCUGGAAACUUUAGGAGAGAUGCUUCAGCAAGGCUUCAACGGAAAACCUGGAAAACAAAUGUCGACUCUCAUAUCCAAGUUCAUAUCGAGAAAGAUGCCCCCUAGCUUCAACCAGGUGACAAUGCAGAAUUAUAUAGAGACGUCCUGGGGUUUUGGUAAAGAGAAUUCGAUCAUUCCCAUUUGCUUUGCAGUCACUAUGGAGCCUGCUACACGGUUUGAACAUGCGGAUAGCGCUAAGCAGUUCCUUGACGAUGUUGUUAAUCGACUUGCAUCUUUCUUCGGAAUUCCACUCUCUCUUCAGUUAUCCGAUGAUGGCAGUACAUCCAGUGCUCAGUCAGCCAUCAUCGUUGGCUCCUCGGCUCUAGACAGAAUUCGGCAGGAGCAGCGAAAUUACCACUUGGAAGAAUUUAAUCGUCUGUCGGAUCACUUGAAGAUAGAUUGUCGAAGUAGUGAUAAACUACAAAACUUGAUAUCUUCAACAAAAGCCAUGGAGGAUAAACUGAACCGUUGGGCUACGGAGUUCGAUGAGAAUUUCUUUGAUGGUAUCGGUCCUCUUUUUGAUCCGAAGAAAACCAGAAAUUACGACUCAUCUUGGAAUUGGAUCCGAGAAGAGACUAUUCGAAUUUUCAAUCAAUUUUCACUAGGUCACAUAGACUACAAUGACCAAGCUCUUAAGCUAAUUUCCCGAAAAUGGGACUCCAGCUGUGUGCAAAUCGCACAGGACUUUCUUCAGAAAAUUGAGAAAGUAGACCCAGAGGUCACGAUUAAAGCCAGAGGAUUUCUUCGACUCGAAUCGCCUGUAUUGGGACUACAGCCGGUCUACAGAUAUUCUGGAAAGGCUAUGAUGCCCCUGACUUACGUGUCUUCCACUACCAGCAACAUCGAAUAUAAAGAAUUACCACGGGAAGUUACCGACUACGUAUGCUUCUUGAAGCAAGGUCGAAUUACAACUCAUGGUGAGGCGGUUCCUUACGUACAUUUGAGAAGACGACAGCCUGCAAAUGGAGAAUACAGAUACAAUGCUGCAUUAACAAGGACGAUGAUGGACAUGUUUGAAUUGGGGUCCAGCUCAGGCUUAUCUUUUGCUACCAAAACUAUCUUAGUGACUGGCGCUGGACCGAAGUCAAUCGGCUCUGGUGUGGUAGAAGGAUUGCUUAACGGUGGCGCCAAAGUCAUCGUUACGACAAGCCGCGAUAUCUCCACAAGUGCGGAUUUCUUCGCCAAUAUGUACCGAAAACAUGGAGCACACGGCUCAUCUCUAACAGUCAUACCAUUCAAUCAAGGCAGCAGAACAGACUGUGAAGAUCUCGUCAAGUAUAUAUAUGGAGCGGACUCCCCCGUCGGUGGGGAUGUUGACUAUAUUGUUCCUUUUGGCGCAAUACCGGAGAAAGACAAUAUCAGCAACUUGGGGAGCAUGAGUGAACUUGCACACCGUGUGAUGCUUACCAACGUCUUGCGUAUCGUUGGGCUGGUUUACCAGAACAAGAAAGAUCGCCGCAUUGAUUCCAGACCAACCAACGUGAUUAUUCCGUUGUCUUUCAAUAAAGGUGGUUUUGGUGGUGAUGGCCUCUAUCCAGAGUCCAAACUAGGCCUGGAAUCUCUUUUCAACCGAUUCUACUCUGGAAAUUGGCAGCAAUACAUCACGAUUACUGGUGCUGUAAUCGGCUGGGUCCGUGAAACAAGCCUAUCCCAGACUCUCAGUCUAGUUGGUUACGCAAUAGAACAAAUACCCGGUCUCAAUGUCUGCACGUUCUCCAGGACUGAGAUGGCCUUUAAUAUCUUAACGCUUAUGACCCCCGCGAUUACAGAACUAGCGGAAGACCACCCGUUAUAUGCUGACUUAACUGGUGGUGCUAAGGAAAUUACCAACAUCAAGGACAUCAUGUCAGAUUCGAGAUCCAAGUUUACGACGGAAAGCAACAUUCGAAGAGCCCUUUUUGCUGAGAAGUCUAGAGAGCAGAAUGUUCUGGGUGGCGCUGCCUCUUCUGUUAAGGCAUCCUUCAUUUCUGCGCCUCGGGUUCAACGUUCCAAUUUAAACCUUCAAUUUCCUGUGUUGUCAAGUCAUGCAGACUUAACAGGUAAUAUUUCUGGUUUGGAGGGCAUGAUCGACUUAGCACGCACGCCUGUGGUUGUCGGAUAUUCCGAACUCGGCCCAUGGGGUAAUGCGCGUACGCGGUGGGACGUUGAACAUCUAGGUGAUUUUACACUGGAAACUUAUGUGGAGAUGGCAUGGAUUUUAGGAUUGGUAAAGCAUUACGAAGGCGAAAUCAAUGGACAGGUUUAUGUAGGCUGGGUUGACAGCAAGACCAAAGAGCCCGUUUGUGAAGACAAUUUCAAACAACUGUACGGUGACCACAUCAAGAAGCAUUCCGGGAUCCGAUUCAUUGAGCCUGAACUAUUGAAUAGCUAUGACCCAGCUAAGAAAGAAUUCCUUCAAGAAAUUGUGGUCGAGGAAGAUCUUCCAUCCUUUGCAACCUCCGAAGCGAGCGCAGAUGCUUUCAAACUCCGCUUCGGAAAUAAAGUUUCUAUUGAGCCCGUAUCUGAUUCUGAAGAGUGUCGAGUAACGGUACAUCAAGGAGCUCAUUUCAUGUUACCAAAGUCAGUGCCCUUUGAUAGGGCAGUGGCGGGUCUUCUACCAAGUGGGUGGGAUCCUCUACGAUACGGUAUUCCAGAGGAUAUCGUACAACAGGUCGAUCCAGUUACCUUGUACACUCUUUGCUGCGUUUCUGAGGCCCUUCUUUCCGCUGGCAUCAGUGAUCCUUAUGAGUUCUACAACCAUAUACACGUAUCCGAAUUGACCAAUUGCAUUGGUACUGGUGCCGGUGCGAUGCUGGCUGGCCGUGGACUUUACAGAGAUCGAUUUCUUGACCGGCCUGUGCAGAGUGACAUUCUGUCAGAAUCGUUCUUAAAUACCACCGCUGCUUGGGUAAACAUGUUGCUCUUCUCCGCAUCGGGACCCAUUAAAACGCCAGUGGGUGCUUGCGCCACGGCCAUCGAAUCAUUGGAGAUGGGAUGCGAAGCAAUCAAGACUGGGAAAUCUAAAGUUGCAAUCGUGGGUGGAUAUGAUGACUUCCAGGAGGAAGCAUCCUACGAGUUUGCUAUGAUGAAAGCAACCGUUAGUAGUGAGGAAGAGCUGGCCAAGGGUCGCAGACCAGAAGAGAUGUCCCGGCCAAGUACUACCACUCGUAGUGGGUUCGUCGAAUCCGCUGGGUGUGGUGUCCAGAUUGUGAUGAAUGCAGAACUUGCAAUCAAAAUGGGACUACCUAUUUAUGCUGUUGUUGCUUAUUCACAAAUUGCAGCUGAUCAAAAUGGUCGAUCUAUUCCAGCACCCGGUCAGGGCAUUCUUACAGCUGCUCGCGAAAGGACUGGUCGUCAUUACUCUAAGCUACUUGAUCUAAGCUACCGGAGAAAGCUUUUUGACGAAGAUAUUGCUGCUAUUGAUAAGUGGUGGCAAGAGAAGAGUCAAACUGCUGGAUUGUCAGAGACAGACCUGAAUGAGAUCCAAGCUUUAGCACGCAGUAAGAUCAGACAGGCGCAGUACAUCUGGGGGAACGACAUCCGGUCUCAGGAUCCUCUUAUCUCACCCAUGCGAGCAGCUCUAGCGACAUGGGGGUUAACAGUUGAUGACAUUCAAGUAACGUCGAUGCACGGUACCUCAACCAAUGCUAACGAUACAAAUGAGGCACAAGUCAUAAACGAACAGAUGAAGCAUUUGGGCCGUCGUCCCGGCAAUCCACUACUUGCAGUUUGCCAGAAAUCACUCACUGGACAUCCCAAGGGUGCAGCAGGCGCAUGGCAAAUGAACGGUUGCAUGCAGAUGAUACAGAACGGCAUUGUACCCGGCAAUCGAAACGCCGACAACAUCGAGAUAAAGCUUAAGCAGAACACGUACAUUGUUUAUCCCAAAGAGGCCAUACAAGUGCGAGAGAUAAAGGCCACCAUGCUUACUUCUUUUGGGUUUGGCCAAAAGGGAGGCCUAGUUAUCGCUGUUGCUUCCAGGUACCUCUACUCUGCUGUGGCAGCUGGUACCUACGAAGAGUAUCGCCAGAAAGCAACAAGAAGACAACGUGCGGCCAAUAGUGUGUUUAUCUCAGGUGUUAUUAAAAAUUCUUUGGUGAGGCUAAAGGAUCAAGCUCCGUGGGGGAAGUCAGAUGAAAAGAUGCGCAAGGUUUUCCUUGAUCCAGCGUCUAUUGAAUUUUAA